UGAAAAACGACCGUCCGCGAGUUCGCGAUUUUCCCUGAAUUUUUUCCUGAUUUUUGUGCGCGACCCUUCCUAGAGCAUACACAGCGUUUAGCAUAAAGUCCUGUUGUUCCCCGUUAGUAUGUUAUCCUGUCCGUUUCGCCAAGCGAUUUAGUGUAACCAGCAAACAAAGGCGGAACGCCUGAGAAGUGAAAGUUACUGUGCGUGUGUGCGCAAAUCUUCCUGGCUGGCCUGCGAUUAUUGUGCAAAAUAAUGAUGAUUGCAAAAGGCCUGCUUCCCAGCAGUUAGCCAAGAGCGUUCGUGUUAUAAAAGUGUACACCGAGGGGCACGGGUGCCCCAGCAACGAAAUGAUUGUCGCCAGCAGCAGUAGCAGCAGUAGUAGCAGCAGGAGCUAAGCAAAAAAGAGUAACCGCCGACCCCGGAAGGCUGACCCGUGCACCACAGCAGGAAGUAAUGAUUGGAGGCGACUACUUGGAGAGACGUUAAUUGAAUAGCAACCGCGAUGACUUCCCACGGAGGAACGCCUACUGCGGUGGCGAUAGGGAUCGAUUUCGGGACGAGCUACUCGAGCGUCGGCAUCUACCGGAAUGGCAAGUUCGAAAUCGUGGCCAAUGAAGCGGGCAACCACCGGAUCCCGUCCGUCGUCGCCUUCACCGACAAGGCGCGCCUGGUGGGCGAGGAAGCUCUGGCGCACGCCGACACCGACCCGGCCAACUGUGUGCUGGAGGUGAAGCGUGUGCUGGGACACUACAACGAUCCACUGGCAGCAGACAGCAAAUCACCACCACCGUCAUCCGACAUCCACUGCCGUCGCCGUUUGGUGCAGGUACAGUUCAAAGGCGAAACCAAGUGCUACCAUCCGGAAGAAAUAUGUGGCAUCAUACUGGCCCAUCUGCGCACGAUGGCCGUACGACAGCUUGGACCGGGUUAUGUGGUUUCCGGAGCAGUGAUUGCCGUACCGGCGCAAUUCUCCGAUGGUCAGCGGCAGGCCGUACUGGAUGCGGCCACCAUUGCCGGGCUGACGGUGCUGCGGUUGAUUAACGAACCGACGGCGGCCGCCCUAUCCUUCGGCAUCAACAAGCAAGUGAUCGGGGAACAGUGCGUGCUGGUGUGCUCGUUUGGUGGCGGUUUUCUCGACGUCUCCAUCCUGACCAUCUACAACGGGGUGUUCCAGGUAAAGGCCAGCUCGGGCGAUACGCAUCUCGGUGGCGUGGACAUCGAUAAUCGAUUAGUGGAGUACCUGGUGAAGCAGUUGGCAGCGAAUGGUGACGAUGGGAACGCCGUGAACGUUAGCGAGGAUCGCGUGGCGAUGCGAAAGAUACGGAAAGUGUGCGAGCAAGCCAAGCGCACCCUUUCGUACACGAGCCAGGUUUCGAUCGAGCUGGAUCAGCUCGGUGCCGGUGCCGGUGCCGGCAGUGGUCAUCGGUUCAUCACAACCCUGACCAAGGAUUUGUUGUACGAGCUGUGCAAGGAUCUGUUCGAGCGGGUACUACUGCACGUCGAGACGGCAUUGCGGCGGGCCCGUAAGGAUCGGUUUGCGGUGCACGAGAUAAUGCUGGUCGGAGAAUCGUCCCGCAUACCGCGGGUACAGAUUAUGCUGAGUGAGUUCUUUGAUCGCCGUUCGCUCGCCAGCUCGGUCAACUCGGAUGAAGCAGUUGUGGUGGGGACGGCCAUUGCGGCCGCCAUACUGAGCGGUGAAAAAUCGAGCGCCAUCCAGGACGUGCUGUGGUGGGAUCUAGUGCCCCGAUCGAUUGGAUUGAUCGGUGAGAACGAGGGCGAACCACCGCGAAUACUCAUCAGCCGUAACUCCACCCUGCCGCUAAAGGUACGGCAUCGGGUGAAAAACUACCGUGCCGUGCAGCGGCUGUACGAGGGAGAGAGUGCCAUCGUAGAGGAUAACGUUACGCUCGGCCAGCUGCGGCUCGAGGGUAGCUUCGGUGACAUCGAGGACGUUGGGUUGUCGUUCAGCGUGGAUCUGAACGGUGUGCUGCACGUGAUGGUGGAGGGCAACAUCGAGCUGAAAGCUACACUGGACAAGGGACGGCUCGAACGGUACGAAAUCGAUCGGAUCGUGUACGAGCAUAAGCGAUUGUUACUCGAAAUGGAACGGGAUGAGCAGGAGGAACAGGAACUCAAGAAACGGCAGCAACUGCAGCAGGACAGGGAGGAGGACAGCAACUCCAAAAUACCUCCAUCACUUGUGGGCAGCGACGGCGAGACGGCACUGGUUGGUACCUGGGAUCGGUUCAGCGAAUGGUUGCACUGUAUCUGCAUCGUAACGUUCGACCUGGAGCUUGGGCAAGCGAUGGAACUGAUCUACCCGAAGCAUGUCACGCUGACGGAGCAGGAAAAGAUGAACAUUUGCUAUCUGGCCUUCCCCGAUUCAAACUCGGGCUGCAUGGGUGACUCACAGUUCCACAUCCGGUUGCGCGUUUCCUCCGGCUCGGAAAACUCUACGCUGCCCCGUGGCCUCCAGGAGUUUAACUGCCACUGUAUGCCGGUGCACCGGGCCGAUCCGGGGCACUUCUGGGGUUUCGUGUACUUCCGUCAGAUCAAGGAUAGCACGCUGAAGCGCGGUUACUUCCAGAAAAGCGUUGUCCUACUAACGCGGCUUCCAUUCGUCAAUCUGUUCUACGAACUGAGUGCGGUCGUUGCACCGGCCUACUUCGAAUCGGGUGAACCAACGCUUGAGUCGGUGUGCGAUAGUAUCUGCCGCUGGCCGUCGUUGCUGAGCGACGAAAUGCUGCCACUGCAGUUGCUUGGCAACGUGUACGAGGUGACGAUACCGAAGCAAACCGGCAAGUAUGCCAUCGUACCGGAAACGCUAACAAGCACGGCUGGUGGCGGAGGAGGACGGGCAGGCAGCGGAACGACACACCGUGUCAUCGCGUCGGUGCACGAGAUUGACAUCUUCAGGAGCUUGCAGCUGUUUCUACCGCACAUCCAUCUCCUCUGGGAACUGGUGCUGACCGGGGAGCCCAUCAUCGUGACCGGUACCUCACCGACUGACUGCGCCCACAUGGUCCAAUCGUUGACCAGCCUCAUUAGCCCGCUUGCCUACUGCGCCGAAAGCCGUCCCUACUUUACGAUUCACGAUACGGAGUUUAAGGAGUUUACGCAAAAUAAAAACGGCCAUCCAUCGAUCAUACUCGGCGUCACGAAUCCGUUCUUCGCCAAAACGCUACAACACUGGCCUCACACGAUACGCCUGCAGGACAGUACGGAAGCGCAGCUACAGCGGCAGCAACAACAGCAGCAGAAACAGCAACACCACACGAACCAUCACCAGCAGUCACAGCCAUCGACGGCAGCAGCGAAGGGCGGAAGUAGCAACAUACCAUCAGCGCCGUACGGUGGCGAUGGUUCCGCCACGCUGUCCCGUCUGUCCAAGAUCAAGCAGAUAACACACAAGCUACUAGACUCGUCGCCCGGCCUGUACACCCAGUACAAACCGUUCGUCCAGAAGGACAAAGCUUUCAUCAAGAAGAUACUGCUCGGGCUGAAGACGGAGCGGCCCGUUUCCGUCCAGUCGGCCCUCCUGCGGCGCCAUCUGCUCGAGCUAACGCAAAGCUUCAUGAUACCGCUCGAGCGGUAUAUGGCCUCGCUGAUGCCACUGCAAAAGGAUAUUUCCCCGUUCCGGUCCGCCCCCCAACCGAACCCCUUCCGGCAGGAGGAUUUCCUGGCCACGCUCGACGAGUGCGGACCACAGCUGACGUCUACCUGCCGCGGUGACUGGGAGGGACUGUAUCGGCGUUUCUUCAGCUCGCCCAACUUCAAGGGCUGGUACGAGGCGCGCUACUUUGAACUCGAACAAACGCUCCAGGUGCUCCACAUGCAGACACUCUCCGAGGCCAACCUGGCCGAGUGGGCCAAGGGUAAGCUGGAGGUGGAGAUUGUCGACAUGAUACUCCGCCUGCGCCAUAAGCUGGCUCUCUGCAGUGCUGGUGGCGGUGACGGUGGCGGCGGUACCAGCAACCACAUAGCAGCGCUACCGGUGCAGCUCAACGCCAAGGAGACGCAGGCGCAGCUGCUGCGCCACAUGGAGAACAUGAAGAAAAGUCUUCCGGACGAUUUGAAGCAAAUUCUGGGCGAUGCGUGAUGAUGGGUGGUUAUGCAAUGGUGCCGAUUGAGGUUACGACGGUUUGCGUCGGUAUAAAGGGUUUGCGGUUCGACGUGUGGGUGCGUGGUGUGUUCACAAAAGUGAUGUCAUAGUGUGAUGGGCAUAGAGGCUGCUGAGAAUAAAAGGCAAAACAAUUAUUCCCCCUGCCCUUUUCUAACCACCCUGGUUAGGAUUGUUGGGUUUUUAACCAUAA